CCCACGGCGACCGCCCAACGCCACGCCUUUUCGCUCCCUCCAACGCUCCCUCGCUCGCUCGCUCUCGCUCUGACGUCCUCUGAUCCCUCCGUUGUAGGCGCAUUCCGUCUCCUUGUCUGUCUCUUCUGUCGUCCCUGUGGCUAGUGUUCAAGCGCGCGACUGUCUCCCUACCUUGGCAACGAUCCUAAGGUAGCCUUGACAAUCAUCGCCGCCGCUGCCUUAACCGCCCACCGCCGAACCUCCAAGGCAGUUGUCUCAGCAAGCUCUAUUAUUCGUGUUCUCAUCUCCGGUAUACGCGCCCACCAGAAGCAAUAUGCCUCCUCUUGUUCCGCAGACACCCCAAAAGGACGAUCUUGAUCAAACAUGGACGUUCUUGGAAAGGGGCAUCGACAGCGUCAUGCUGAAGUUGGAGGACGGGGUGGAUAUGAAGACUUACAUGGCUUUAUAUACCGCAGUCCAUAACUUUUGCACGUCGCAAAAGGCAGUCGGAGGUAACCCCAAUCUAAACGCACACCGUGGUGCACACCUACUAGGUGAGGAGCUAUACAAGCUGCUAGGGGAAUACCUUUCGCGCCACCUCGAUGCGGUUCAUAAUGAAUCCAAAGGCCAUACCGAAGAAGCACUGCUUGCCUUCUACAUUCGCGAAUGGUCUCGUUAUACGACUGCGGCCAAGUACAUAAACCAUCUCUUCAAAUACCUCAAUCGUCACUGGGUAAAACGGGAAAUCGACGAAGGCAAGAAGAAUGUGUACGACGUGUAUACUCUACACUUGGUCAAGUGGAAAGAUGAUUUCUUCCUCAAGAUUCAUGACAAGGUCAUGGAAGCGGUCUUGAACCUUGUCGAGAAGCAGCGGAAUGGCGAGACGAUCGAGCAAUCGCAGAUCAAGAGUAUCGUGGAUUCAUUCGUUUCGUUGGGUCUCGACGAAAGUGACAGCACCAAGUCUACUCUGGAAGUCUACCGGUUUUACUUCGAACGGCCAUUCAUCGCUGCCACUCGGAGUUACUACGAAAACGAGUCUCGGCAAUUCGUGGCAGAGAACAGUGUGGUUGAGUACAUGAAGAAGGCAGAUGCCCGUCUCGACGAAGAGAAAGCCCGUGUUGGCUUGUAUCUGCACCCGGAUAUCUCUAAGCAUCUCACGGAUACCUGCUUGGAUGUUCUCGUCACUGCUCACUCCGAGCUUCUCCGGGACGAGUUCCAAGUUCUUUUGGAUAAUGAACGCCAGGACGACCUGGCCCGUAUGUACCGACUCUUGUCGCGCAUCAAAGACGGUCUGGACCCUCUGCGAACGAAAUUCGAGACACAUGUUAGGAAAGCUGGUCAUGCUGCGGUCGAGAAGGUUGCUGCAGAAGGCGAGGCGUUUGAGCCUAAGAUGUAUGUGGAUGCGUUGUUGCAAGUUCACACCCGGUACCAAAGCCUGGUGAACGAGGCCUUCAAUGGCGAGUCCGAGUUUGUCCGAUCUUUAGACAAUGCCUGCCGAGAGUUUGUCAACCGCAAUCAGAUCUGCGCUUCCAGUUCGACGAAAUCGCCGGAACUGCUGGCCAAGUACACCGACUCGUUGCUCAAGAAGGGGUCGAAGGCUGCCGAAGAAUCCGAGGUCGAGGAGAUGCUGGUUCAGAUCAUGACCGUCUUCAAGUACAUUGAGGAUAAGGAUGUUUUCCAGAAAUUCUAUUCCAAAAUGCUGGCCAAGCGAUUGGUCCAUGUCAGCUCGGUGUCGGACGACGCGGAAACCAGUAUGAUCAGCAAACUCAAGGAAGCCUGUGGUUUUGAAUACACGAAUAAGCUGCAGCGAAUGUUCCAGGACAUCCAGAUCUCGAAGGACCUCAACGCCAGCUAUAAGGACUGGCAAGAGAGGGCCCUAGACGACGACGAUCGAAAGAGACUGGUAGACACCCAUUUCCAGAUUCUGGGAACUGGAUUCUGGCCCCUUCAGGCUCCCUCGACGGACUUCCUGGCACCGCCAGAAAUUGUCAAGACUGCCGAACGCUUCCAGAGCUUCUAUUUCGACAAGCACAACGGUCGCAAGCUGACCUGGCUUUGGCAAUUGUGCAAGGGCGAAAUCAAGACGAAUUACAUCAAGAACACCAAGGUCCCUUACACUUUCCAGGUGUCGACCUUCCAAAUGGGUAUCUUGUUGCUGUUCAAUGAAAACGACACUCUGGAAUACUCCGACAUCCAAAAGGCCACGUCGCUUGCCCCGGAAAUUCUUGAGCCAAACCUGGGUAUCCUUCUCAAAGCCAAGGUUCUUAUCAUCGGCCCUGAGGGCUCCAAGCCGGGUCCUGGCACGACAUUCACCUUGAACUAUAACUUCAAGCACAAGAAAAUCAAGGUCAAUCUAAACAUUCAAAUCAAAUCCGAACAGAAGGUCGAGUCGGACGACACGCACAAGACGAUAGAGGAGGACCGUAAGCUGCUGCUCCAGUCUGCUAUCGUUCGCAUUAUGAAGUCGCGGAAGAAGAUGCGACACGUCGUGCUCGUCCAGGAGGUAAUUCAGCAGGUGAAAUCCCGCUUUCCUCCCAAGAUUCCCGACAUCAAAAAGAACAUUGAGGCCCUCAUGGAGAAGGAUUAUAUAGAGCGUUUGGAUGGUGAUGAAAUCGCGUACAUUGCAUAAUCCUCCCCUUUCCCCCAACUUCCCCAUUUCUUCCUAUACACUAUUCCAUUCCUUCCAGCCUUUGGUCUCUCACAUCACUUGUGUUAGCGUCGGUUUUCAUGGUUUUUUUUUUCAUCAUCCUCAUACUUCUUAAAUUUUUCCCCGUCCCCAUUAUCAAGUUGGUCUUACGGUUCUCUCCUGCAAUAAAACCAGCACCUUUCUAUAGGAGAACAUAGCUUUCUUCGUAUCACUUUCUUAUUCUUUUGCCCCUCUUUUCUUGCCUCAUACCUUAGCGCUGAUGAGGAGAAAUGAUAACCCAAAUCUAUCGACCAAAAAUGACCACGUUUGCUCUGCAUUUCUUUUCCAAUUUAUCUGCUUGCGCUUCCCUGGGUUCUACUCCGUUCACUUUCUAUUUCAUCUUACGAAUAAAGAUCCGAUCCCAUUUUAGUAUAGAUGAUGUCAAGAAAAAAUGCCGACUGG